ACCGACCGUUGAUCCCAGAGCCAACUGAAUGCAAGUAUACCAAUCAAAUAUGAGUUCGAUUACAUGAACCCGGCUUCGCUCAGUCACUUAGAGGGAGCCGUCGGCCCGGUCACCAAGCAAGAAGACCAAACCAGUGCCCAUAAUAACCCACUCUCCUCGGUGGACAUGAAAUACCCGUACUCAUUGGAUUUCUCCCGGCAGAAUCCUGCCUCGGCACCAGCCGCCCGAAGCCAUCAUCACGACGUGAUCCACCAUAACCAUACGUACACCUUGCCGCACAAUAGCGGUGCCAAUCCAAAGCCCCAAACCAGAGACAAACAUCCGAAAGCCGAGGAGGAGCACCUGACUCGGGACGAGAAACGUGCCCGUGCGCUCCAGAUCCCCAUCCCCGUGCAAGACAUCAUCAAUCUGCCGAUGGACGAGUUCAACGAGCGCCUGUCCAAGUACGACCUGAGCGAAACGCAACUGUCCCUGAUCCGGGACAUCCGGCGGCGGGGCAAGAACAAGGUGGCCGCCCAAAACUGCCGCAAACGCAAACUGGACCAGAUUGUGACGCUAGCCGACGAAGUCAAGGACAUGAAGAUGCGCAAGGAACGGCUGUUGCGCGACCGCGAGAUCAUCCAAACCGAACGCAAGAGAAUACGGGACAAGUUCUCGGCGCUGUACCGCCACGUGUUUCAGAAUCUGCGUGACAGCGAGGGUAACCCGUACUCCCAGGAGCACUGGAGCUUGCAGCAAAGUGCCGAUGGAACGGUUUGUCCUGGUGCCCCGAAGCGUUGACCGUCAGCAAGAUCUGACCGGUAGCAAUCACCAGCAGCAGCAGCAACAGCUCGGCAUGGCUGGAGGAAGUGGCCUGCCGCAUUCACAUCAUCAGCAGCAACAUCUUCUGCACCUGCAACAGCAUCAACAUCCGCACUCGCAACAACAGCAUCAUCACGGCGGAAGCAGCAGUGGUUCCAACAGUACAACAGCAGCGGUGCCAGUGGAGGCAGCCAGCAUAGACCGAAAGAGUGAGACCGGUCCGUGACGCAUUGCCACCAUCAGCAGCAACAGCAUUACCGGCAUUUGCACCGUCAUCAUCAUGUUCACCAGUGGCCACCGUUGUUUUACUAAAGAAGAUACAAGGAACAAGUAAGAAAGACGGGCUGCGAAUAGGAAGAUGAGGAAACCGAGCAGGGGGCUAUCAAGAACCCGAAGAUCAGCCUGUAACGGAAGGAAUCGACCAACACAGACGACAAACACAGAUACACACAUACACCAAACAUGCGCACUUGCAGA